CGCCUCGCGGCGGGCGCCGGCGGUGCGCCUGGUGGCGGGGACCCCCCGGGGGAGCCCCGAUGCCGAGCCCGCAGCUGCUGGUGCUGUUCGGCAGCCAGACAGGCACGGCCCAGGAUGUGGCGGAGAGGCUGGGCCGCGAGGCCCGGCGCCGGAGGCUCGGCUGCCGCGUGCAGGCCCUGGACUCCUACGCGGUGGCGAACCUGAUCAACGAGCCCCUGGUGAUAUUUGUGUGUGCAACUGCAGGCCAGGGAGACCCCCCGGACAACAUGAAGAACUUCUGGAGGUUCAUCUUCCGGAAGCGCCUGCCGCCCACCUCCCUCUGCCAGAUGGACUUCGCCGUCCUGGGCCUUGGGGACUCCUCCUACGCCAAGUUCAACUUCGUGGCCAAGAAGCUGUACCGCCGCCUGCUGCAGCUGGGUGGCAGCGCGCUGCUGCCCGCCUGCUUGGGCGAUGACCAGCACGAGCUGGGGCCUGACGCCGCCAUCGACCCCUGGCUGGAGAGCCUGUGGGAGAAGGUACUGGGGCUGCACCCCGUGCCCCCCGGCCUCGCCGUGAUUCCCCCGGGAGUCCCCCUGCCCUCCAAGUUCACCUUGCAGUUCCUUCAGGAGGGCUCCAGCGUGAGCUCGGAGGAGCCACGCGAGGCUGGUGCUGACCCUCAGGGACCGCCCACAGAGCUGCGGCCCUUCCUGGCGCCCAUGGUCACCAACCAGAGGGUCACCGGCCCCUCGCACUUCCAGGACGUCCGGCUGAUAGAGUUUGACAUCACGGGCUCUGGCAUCAGCUUCACUGCUGGUGACGUGGUGCUGAUCCAGCCCUCCAACACCGCCGACCACGUCCAGCGGUUCUGCCAGGUGCUGGGCCUGGACCCCAACCAGCGCUUCUGGCUGCGGCCGCAGGAGCCAGGUACCCCCGGCCUGGAGGGGCUGCCCCAGCCCUGCUCCAUUCGGCACCUGGUGUCGCGGUACCUGGACAUCGCCAGCGUGCCCCGCCGCUCCUUCUUCGAGCUCCUGGCCUGUCUGUCCCCGCACGAGCUGGAGCGGGAGAAGCUGCAGGAGUUCUCGUCGGCUUCCGGCCAGGAGGAGCGCCACGAGUACUGCUCCCGGCCCCGCCGCACCAUCCUGGAGGUGCUGUGUGACUUCCCCCACACCGCGGGCGCCAUCCCCCCAGACUACCUGCUGGACCUCAUCCCCCUGAUCCGCCCUCGCCCCUUCUCCAUCGCCUCCUCGCUGCUGGUGCACCCGGCACGGCUGCAGAUCCUGGUGGCCGUGGUGCAGUACCGGACCCGCCUCAAGGAGCCGCGCCGGGGCCUCUGCUCCUCCUGGCUGGCGUCCCUGGACCCUGGACAAGGACCUGUGCAGGUGCCCCUGUGGGUGCGGCCUGGCAGCCUGGCCUUCCCAGAGACGGCAGACACGCCUGUGGUCAUGGUGGGGCCUGGCACCGGUGUGGCCCCGUUCCGGGCAGCUGUCCAGGAGCGCGUGGCCCAGGGCCGCACGGGGAACUACUUGUUUUUUGGCUGCCGCCUGAGGGACCAGGACUUCUACUGGGAGGCUGAGUGGCGGCUCUUGGAGAAGAGGGGCUGCCUGACCUUGGUCACCGCCUUCUCCCGGGAGCAGGAGCACAAAGUGUACGUGCAGCACCGGCUCCGGGAGUUGGGGCCCCUGGUGUGGGAGCUGCUGGACCGCCAGGGGGCCUGCUUCUACCUGGCAGGCAAUGCCAAGCACCUGCCGACAGAGGUCUCCGAGGCCCUGGCCGCCAUCUUCCAGGAGCAGGGCGGGCUCUCCGGCCCGGAGGCUGCCGCCUACCUUGCCAGGCUCCAGGCGACGCUGCGCUUCCAGACUGAGACCUGGGCCUGACCUGCUGCCCCCCCCCACCUCCAGAGCCGCUCCCUGGCCCCGUCGGACCCCAGUCCUUGUCACACUGCCGGUCAGGACGCCCCGGUUGUCCCCGCCUGCCCCUCCCCUCAGCCACAGCCCUGUCUACGUCCCCUGCCCGUCACCCUGCACGGGAACGGGGACCCGGGGGCACCCGAUGGCUCGGGCCCAGCAGCCCCACCACCGCCCCUGCCUCCUGCCAGCCCUGUCAGCCUGCAGGGACGCUGCCACCCCAGUCUCCCUGCGACACCACAGGGCUGGGGCUCAGUGCAGGCCCCCAGCCUCCUGAGGGACAGCGGGAGGAGGCUGGCCAGCCCCCCCCCCCCGACGGCAGGGCCAGGGCAGUAAACCGCAGCCUCUGACCACUGCCACGUGCGCUGUCUCCCUUCUUCCUGCUCAGCUUGGGCCACGGGGGGGUGUGCACACGUGGGUGCCUGUGGGUGUGUGUAUGUGCCUCUGGCCUCUGGGUGCACAUGUGCCUGUGAGUGUAUGCGUGUGCCUCUGGGUGUGCAUAUGUGCCAGUGGGUGUCUGUGGGUGCCCGCGGGUGCCUGUGGGAGUGCGUAUGUGCCUCUGGCCUCUGGGUGCACAUGUGUGCCUGUGGGUGUAUGCGUGUGCCUGUGGGUACAUGUAUGUGCCUCUGGCCUCUGGGUGCACAUGUGUGCCUCUGGGUGUAUGCGUGUGCCUGUGGGUACACGUAUGUGCCUCUGGGUGUAUGUGUGUGCCUGUGGGUACACGGAUGUGCCAGCGUGUGCCUGUGGGUACACAUGUGCCCACGUGUGCCUUGCUGGGCUGCCUGCGCCAGAGGUGUUGCUGGAGCCUGGGUGCCUGAUUGCAGUGCCCAGGGGCUCCAGCAGGUCUGCCCUCCUCUGAUGGCCCAGCAGGAAGCGGCUCAGGGGGCCCAGGCUACUCCCCAGCCGGCUCUGCCCACGGAGCUUGGGGAGUGGUGC